UACAGUGCUAGGCCAAACCCAUAUCUUUUAGGCUAGCACGUAUAGCGGCAUAGGCCGGUGUUUUUUAGCUUUAACCAUCCUAACUACGAUUGCACUAAACAAACUUUUACUAUUAAUUUUCCUAAAAAAAUAAAAAAAAAAAAAAAUUAAUUCAAAAAAACAUGGAGGUUUCUGGUAACAUCGUUUUGAAGCGCAAACCAAAAACACAGAAAUCUCCCUCUUUUUCUGGGAAACUCUAGAAAUCGACCAUUUUCUUCAUUUAACUACAUUUUCUAGCGGCAACACCUCACUUAUUUUUACCAAGUGUUUUCGCUUUCUCUCUCAUCGUUUAUCAGCACCGCUCUUUCUCUCGUUUCUUUUGCACACUUCUUUUCAAGAAUGGCUCAACAAGCAUACACUGUUGCUUCUGAUAGUGAAACCACUGGAGAGGAAAAAUCUUCUGCAUUCCCUGAAAUUGCAAUUGGUAUUGAUAUUGGUACUUCCCAAUGCAGUGUAGCAGUUUGGAAUGGCUCUGAUGUGGAGUUACUUAAAAACACUAGGAAUCAGAAAAUAAUGCAGUCAUAUGUGAGCUUCAAAGAUGAUGUCCCGACUGGUGGAGUCAGCAGCCAACAUGCACAUGAGCAUGAAAUCUUAUCUGGGUCUGCAAUCUUCAAUAUGAAGCGUCUAAUUGGUAGGGUUGACACCGAUCCUGUUGUUCAUGCCACCAAAAGCCUGCCCUUUUUAGUUCAGACCUUGGAUAUUGGUGUGCGGCCUUUUAUUGCUGCUUUGGUCAAUAAUGCAUGGAGAUCUACUACACCUGAGGAAGUUUUGGCAAUCUUUCUUGUGGAAUUAAGGGCCAUGGCUGAACUUCAGUUAAAAAGGCCUCUACGGACUGUCGUUCUGACAAUCCCAGUUUCAUUCAGCCGUUUCCAGCUCUCUAGAAUUGAGCGUGCCUGUGCCAUGGCUGGCCUUCAUGUUCUCAGGCUGAUGCCUGAACCAACUGCCGUGGCACUUUUAUACGCACAGCAACAACAGCGUACUAUACAAGACAAUAUGGGCAGUGGGAGUGAGAAGAUUUCCCUCAUCUUUAAUAUGGGAGCUGGCUAUUGCGAUGUAGCUGUUAGUGCUACAGCUGGUGGCGUUUCUCAGAUAAAAGCCUUGUCAGGGGCUGCCAUUGGAGGGGAAGACCUUCUUCAGAACAUGAUGCGUCACCUCUUGCCUGAGUAUGACACGAUUAUCUUAGGCCAUGGACUGGAUGUUAUCAAGUCAAUGGCUUCUUUUCGGGUUGCAACUCAGAAUGCUAUACAUACUCUUUCUUCUCAAACUAGCGUCAAAAUUGAUGUUGAUUUAGGGAAUGGUAAAAGUGUGACUAGGCUUGUGGACAGAAAGGAAUUUGAAGAUGUGAACAAGGUGGUAUUUGAUCAGUGUGAAACCCUUGUAAGGCAAUGCUUGAAUGAUGCAAAAGUUGAAAUAGGUGAUAUCACUGAUAUAAUACUUGUUGGAGGAUGUUCUGCAAUUCCCAAGGUUAGAGAUCUUGUUAAGAGCAUUUGCAAGAGAGAGAAACUGUAUGAUGGGAUUAAUCCACUGGAAGCUGCUGUCCGUGGAGCUGCACUGGAGGGAGCAGUUGCAUCUGGUAUUAGUGACCCAUUUGGGUAUCUAGACUUGCUAACAAUUCAAGCUACUCCUCUGAGCAUUGGAGUUCGAGCCAAUGGGAACAACUUUGUGCCCAUAAUCAUGAGGAAUACGACAGUUCCUGCAAGGAAGGACCUUGUUUUCACAACAGUACACGAUAACCAGACUGAGGCCUUGAUAGUAGUUUAUGAAGGUGAUGAUGAAACAAAGAUACAGAAGAACCAUUUACUUGGGUAUUUCAAGAUCAGUGGGAUCCCUCCUUUGCCAAAAGGAACUCCAGAGAUUAACGUGUGCAUGGACAUCGAUGCUUCAAAUAUUCUGAGAGUCUUGGCAGGUGUUGUGAUUCCAGGCAACCAGCAGCCUGUUGCUCCAAUCAUGGAAGUGAGAAUGCCAACCAUUGAUGAUGGGCAUGGUUGGUGUGCUGAAGCACUUAACAGAACUUAUGGAUCUACUUUGGAUAUGAUAACCGUGCAGAAGAAGACACAGGCAUGAGAUUAUGAUAUGGUUUGUACUCUUCAGCGUCUUUUUUGGUAUAGAGGUUGUGAUCUUGGUGUUUAUUCGGCUGUAGUUAUUUUGUGAAGGUUUUGAUGAAUGUGUUUUUAGUUUGUGUCAUGUAAUUGAGUUAAUAUGUGUGAAUAAAAAGUUGGUGGCUGCUUGUAUAUAUUGAACACUUCUUUAGUUGUGCCGUACUUGAAUUGGUAAUGCACAAUAUCAAUACAUAUAGCAACUAUUCUUCUCUCUUGAGCAA